CCAGAAUCGUCGUGCGUCCUUCGGCGUCCUAGCAAAGGCCGAACAGUAUGCAGACGGCAAGUGCCCAUUGCUCUGUCUCAUCGGUCCCAGGACCACAUACAUGUCCAUGUCCCUGAAAGUGCCUUCCUCCCACCUAGCUGCCGACGACGACCUUGACCUGACAAUCCGCUUCUCCGCCUCUCUUCCCGACCUGCUCCUCACGAUCCCAGGCUCUGCGAAUGCCAACACCGCAGCCCUCAAACAGCUUAUCCGCUCCCGUAUCCCCAGUGAAUACGCCAAACACCGGAUUCGGUUGAUCUACGCCGGCAAAGCCCUCGCCGACGAUGUCUCGCUCAAGGUCUCUUUGAAACGCACUGUCUCCCGCCCACCGAGCCGCGUAGGCACGCCUGGACCCUACGACGACUCUCGGGCCAACGGCGCAGCUGACAAGGACAAUGGCAAAGGCAAGGUCGCUGUGCGCGACCCACCCGCACAAUCACGCAUCUACAUACACUGCUCAAUUGGAGAUAUUGUGCUGUCAGCAGAGGAACUCGCAGAGGAGGCGGCUACAAGCCAGAAUGGUGCCGGCAAACCGGACCAAGAAGACAUCGCUACCACAACACAGCAGACGACCACGACGCCCGCACCACGCGGGUUCGACCGCCUGCUGAAUGCUGGCUUUACUGCGGCCGAAGUUCAGUCUCUCAGGCUACAGUUCCUGGCCAUACAAGCCCACACGCACACGCCGGAUACGAUGCCCUCGCCAAACACGCUGCGCAACAUGGAGGAUAGGUGGCUAGACAACUCCAACGCGAGCGCUGACCCGGGCGCUCUCGCCGACGGUGCGGGAGCGAGCUUUGCAGAUGACGAUGGGCAAGCGGGCGCAUUAGAUGAUAUGAUAUUCGGCACAGCGAUGGGCUUCUUCUGGCCGAUUGGAUGUCUCAUGUGGGCUGUGCGGGAGGAAGGGAUUUGGAGCCAGCGGCGAAAGAUGGCCGUCGUGGUUGGGUUUAUGCUCAACAUUGGAUUGGGACUUGUUAGGUAUACAGGGUAGACGGCAUGGUUUCUCCCGCCGUAAGCAUCUAUAGGCAUAGCUGCCCUCAGACAUAUUAAGGAUAUGUUUUUGGCACAAAUAGGAAAGUCCUGCCGC